AUGUUUAAAUCAGUGUUAAGUUUAGUAAGAACAUCGAUCAUUGGUUAUAAUUCCUCGCAAUCAUUAACAAGCUUAUUACGAUUGUCUAAUUGUCUAACAAAUGCAAGAUUUUUACAUGUAACCUCUUCUACAUUUGGAUUAGAUCAAAGAAAGAAGAGAGAAGGGUUUAAAAAAAAGGAUGAGGGAUCAGAAGGAGAAUUUACAAUUGAUAUUGACAAUUCACUUCGUCAGCAACAAUUAUUUCCUGAUAUGAAUACACCCAAUAGACUUUUCAAUGGUAUACCUUUCAAAGAGGUUCCUAUUGUAAAUAUUACAUGUUCUCCUAAUAAUACUAAACUGAAUUUAACAGACUUCAGGGGUUUUACAAAGAUUUUACAUACAUGUGGAACUGAAGGCUUCAAACAUGCUCGAAAAGCAACAAAUAUUGCUGCACAAGCAACUGCUAUUUCAUUAAGCGCCAAAGCAUUAGAUCAAGGAUAUAAAACCAUUAGAGUACGAGUAGCUGGUUUAGGACCAGGUCGAAUGUCUGCAAUCAAAGGACUUCAAAUGGGAGGAAUGGAGAUAAUAUCAAUUACAGAUAAUACAAGAGUAUCUUGGUGUCCUCCAAGACCUAGGAAAGCUAAGCGAUUGUAGAAAUCCUGUUUAUUUGUGACUAAAUAUUAAUAAAAGUUUAUCUAUUACUUCAUCAUAUUAACAAAACGCUUCAAGAUUUGUAUAUUUAUAUUAAGGUUUCUUUUAUUUCAUUUUUAACUUUCCGCUAAAAAAUUUGAAAAUUAUCAAAAAAAGGGAAGUUAUGGGUGUCGGUCCGAUUUUCGAAAAUCAAAUUUCUAAGGGAUCUGGACGUGUUGAGGUUCUUGGGAGUUAUUCUGACUAAUUUCAAGAUGAUGUUUGAGUGUAUGUAUGUGUGUAUGUACGUACGUAUGUAUGUAAAUAUUCUGUAACUUUUGAACGGGUAAACUGUUCUUGAUCUUUAAGGUGUCAUCAGACGCGGCUUAUUAAUUCCUACAAGCUGUAAAAAAUUGAACACAAUUAGUACGGCACAUUCGGAGAUAUUUCAAAAAUAAAAUUUUUUCAAAACUGUUUUUUUUUUUUUUUUGAGUCGAAUGCCACCUCAGCUACCAAAAUCAGUUCAUUCGUUCAAGAGAAACCGUUGUCGAAAGAAUUGAAAAAAAGUGUUUUUUCUCUAAUAAAAUCUAAAUUUUUGAAUCAAUUGAUUACGGUGUUUUUUUGAACGUUAGUGAUUGAAAAACUGCGUCGAAUGUCACCUUGAACGUCUAAAUCGAUUCAUUAUUUCUGAAAAUAUUGGUGAUUAAAAAUACAAAAAAUAACGAUUUACUUCAUUUAUUCGGAAUAAUUCGUAAUAUUAUUUAUCAAAUGUUUCAAAAAAAUUUUCCAAGGUUAGAGAACAGAAAUCUGCGUGAUAUGCCAUUUUAAACAUCAAAAAUCUGUUCAUUAUUUGCAAAGAUAUUGCUCAUGCAAAUUUAAAAAAAACAACGAUUUACUUCAUUAUUUUUUUCUCGUUAUUGUUUAUUACUUGAAUUUUCGCAAUGGAAUGUGCGUCAUUACUAUUGUUGAGCUUGAAAGUGUUUUGACAAUAAUUUUUUCGAGCGUAAAGUUUCAGGUCUGACCCACAGGGUCAGGUGGUUUACAGAUUUUUUUUUGGACAUUUAUACCUUAAAAAAAUUUCUCAAUCAAACGUACAUUUGUGAGUUUAGGACUUUACAGUUAUUUCUUUUUCAUUAAAAAGUAUUAGGUAUGAAAUCUCAAAGUCAAGUAAAAAAUAAUUAUUAUUUCUCUAAAUUAUCGCUCAAAAUAUUUUUUUAAUGAAUUGGUUGAUUUGAACGAAUCUUAGUAACUAAAAAGUUAUUAAUAAAUUUUAUUUAGUGCCAAAUUGGUCAGAAACAAAUAAAAUUAUAAAACUAUCUAUUAUUUGCUGAAAAAUCUAUUUCAUGAUCGCAUCAACUGAUCUUCAAACAUCUAAUGAACUGUUGUACGUUGAAUAACUCGACAUAGCCACCACAGAUUUUUGAAACUGACAUUCCCUGACUUUUCCAGAUGUUAUGUAGUAAUAUUAAAUCAUUGAAAAUAUUUGUUUAAUUCGAAAUAAAAUGGUAUAAGUUAUUUGUCAUUAAAUGAAAUUUUUUUUUAUUAUUUGUCAAUGAUCAUAGGUUUUUUUUUUAUUUAUUAAAUGAAUUAUUUUUUAUUUUAAAUCUGUUUUUAUAUAACUUACUCUAGAAUAAAGUAUAAAUCAGUUUUUUA